AGAAACAACAUGGAUUUAAAAACAAAAUUUGUUUUUUGCCUGACUUUAGCUUUCAGCUCAGCCUCAUCUCUUACAAAAGAACUGGAGAGGACUGAAGGUAAUGGUACCCUGGAGUGUCCUGCCUAUGGUUAUGAUUGUUUCUUGAAUGACAUUGAACAAGGAGCCAUUUCAACAAACUGGAAAGAUUGUGCUUAUCAGUGUGCUAACCACAAGACUUGUGUGUACUGGUCUUGGGUAGUAACAACGUCGGGAAUAAAUCCCGGGGUCUGCUUUCUAAAGAGUAUGUGUCCCCUGCCCCUCGCUAAUCCACUCUUCAUCUCUGGACACUUUGAUUGCCCUUUUUCUAAGGAAGACUAGAAAUAGUUUAAUUGUACGUAUGUAACCAUUUAAAGGGACUGUUCAUUUAUAGAGUUGUAUGUCUGAUAAACAUAGAAUGAGAUAUCGCCA